GGGAGGAGGCGGCGGCAGCGGCGGAGGAAGGCGGCGCACCCCGAGAGGCAUGCCCAAAGAAAAAUACGAGCCCCCUGAUCCUAGGAGGAUGUACACAAUUAUGUCCUCUGAGGAAGCAGCAAAUGGAAAGAAAUCACACUGGGCAGAGCUUGAAAUAAGUGGAAAAGUAAGAAGCUUAAGCUCAUCUUUGUGGUCCCUCACUCACUUGACAGCUUUGCAUCUGAGUGACAAUUCUCUGUCCCGCAUUCCUUCAGACAUUGCCAAGCUCCACAAUCUGGUAUAUCUGGACCUGUCCUCUAAUAAAAUCCGGAGUUUACCGGCAGAACUCGGAAACAUGGUAUCACUCAGGGAACUCCAUUUAAAUAACAACCUGUUACGAGUUCUGCCUUUUGAGCUGGGAAAACUGUUUCAGUUGCAGACUUUAGGCCUGAAAGGAAAUCCACUUACCCAGGAUAUAUUGAACCUCUAUCUGGAACCAGAUGGAACAAGAAGGCUACUGAACUAUUUGCUUGAUAAUUUGGCAGGUACUGCAAAAAGAAUUUCAACAGAACAGCCACCUCCAAGAUCUUGGAUUAUGUUGCAAGAACCAGACAGAACAAGGCCAACUGCCUUGUUUUCUGUCAUGUGCUAUAAUGUUCUUUGUGAUAAAUAUGCGACCCGGCAGUUAUACGGCUACUGUCCAUCUUGGGCACUAAAUUGGGACUACAGGAAAAAGGCCAUUAUUCAAGAAAUUUUGAGCUGCAAUGCUGAUAUCAUAAGUCUUCAGGAGGUUGAAACAGAACAGUAUUACAGUUUUUUUCUGGUAGAACUGAAAGAACGUGGCUAUAAUGGAUUCUUUAGUCCUAAAUCUAGAGCUCGGACAAUGUCAGAACAAGAGAGAAAACAUGUCGAUGGCUGUGCAGUAUUCUUCAAGACAGAAAAAUUUACUUUGGUUCAGAAACACACUGUUGAAUUUAAUCAGCUAGCAAUGGCAAAUUCAGAAGGGUCUGAAGCUAUGCUGAACAGAGUCAUGACAAAAGAUAACAUUGGAGUUGCAGUACUGCUAGAACUUCGAAAGGAAUUGAUUGAAAUGUCAUCUGGAAAGCCACAUCUUGGAACAGAAAAACAACUUAUUCUUGUGGCUAAUGCUCAUAUGCAUUGGGACCCUGAAUACUCUGAUGUGAAAUUGGUUCAAACUAUGAUGUUCCUCUCAGAAGUGAAGAACAUUAUUGAUAAAGCCUCACGAAACCUCCAGUCUAGUGUAGUGGGAGAAUUUGGAACUAUUCCACUGGUGUUAUGUGCAGAUCUUAAUUCUUUGCCGGAUUCUGGUGUUGUAGAGUAUUUAAGCACUGGUGGAGUAGAAACAAAUCAUAAAGACUUUAAGGAACUGAGAUACAAUGAAAGUCUUACAAACUUCAGCUGUAAUGGGAAAAACGGGACAACCAAUGGAAGGAUCACGCAUGGUUUCAAGUUAAAGAGUGCCUAUGAGAGUGGCCUGAUGCCUUAUACAAAUUACACGUUCGAUUUCAAGGGUAUCAUUGACUACAUCUUCUAUUCGAAACCUCAGCUGAACACUUUAGGCAUCCUGGGACCUCUGGACCACCAUUGGCUAGUUGAGAAUAAUAUCAGUGGCUGCCCACACCCACUCAUCCCCUCCGACCACUUCUCACUUUUUGCACAACUGGAGCUCUUACUGCCUUUCCUGCCCCAAGUUAACGGCAUUCACCUUCCUGGCAGGAGGUAGUCAAGUACCUUCAGAGGACGACCUCAGUUUCACUUGUAAACUCAUAAAAUCUGAUUAUAGGGGAGUGAGGUAUGGCCACCAGGGUUUGUUUUUUUUGUUUUGUUUUGUUUUGUUUUUUCUUUUUUUUCCUUUUUCUUGAUGAUUUGAAUUUUCAAUCUUGAUUAUUUGAUAAGGAUAUAGUAUGAAAGCCAGGUGCUAGCAACAAAUUCUGAGCCCAAUAUGCUUUAUAUACUGUUAGACAGGGAUUGGUGUGUUUACACCUCUCUUUAAUUUGUUACAAGUAAUUUUCCUGUUUCUUCUAUCCAAUAUAAUAUUUUCAUGCCUUGAAAUAGGAAAAUGUUUGAACAGCAUAUUCUCUUUGCACAGAAAUCUGUAGCACUACUUUUUUGAGGCCAGUAAUAACAUCCAGAGACCAUUCUUCCAUACUUUACUCCCUCCCUUUUCAGACUUGUUUGUAAAAUAGAGACUUUGAAUUUAGCCUUUAUGAUUGUAUAUGAUCCACAGAAGACCUGAUUUAUGAAAUUUUGUACUAAAAAAAUCAGAUUUGGAAAUGAUUGUAUUGUAAACAUAAGGCUAAGUUUUUUUACUGUUUCAUGUGUUAUAAAGGCCAGCUUGUAAAAGAAGUUGCAACAGACUUUCUCUGCUGAUGAUUUGCACUGUUAGGGUUUUGUUGGCCCUUUUGUACUACUUUAUUUUUAAACUGAGAACAUUGCUCUUUAAAUCUAAAUCUGCUUAAAGCUUUGGACAUUUUCUCAGACCAGAGGCAACUUAUCCAUGAAUUCCUGGGUUUUUACAAAAGCUAUCUACCAGGACAGAUAAGCUGAGCAGUGAAUGAUCUGUAGGCAUUUAUGGACUGAAUGUAAUGGUUGAUAUAUGUACAUUCUGAUAUUUUUAAAUCUUUAACUUUUUUAAGUUAAAAAAUUACAGCUGCUUGGAUGCAGCUUCUUAACUCCUUUUUGAGACACUUCCUGUCCUAUCUCCACUGUGCCUGCCUAAAUUUGUUCUCACCAAGCACUGCCUGUGCAUGCAGAGAGAAUCUGUGCAGCCUCUUUUAUAUUUUUUAAAUACUGUUUAACAUUUGUGAGAAUUUUAUGAAAACGCUUUUGUAUAAGCUGUGGCUUUUUUUUCCAUUGUGAAGCAUUGAAUAUCACAUUUUGGAACAUGUUCAUAGGUGGGUCCCUGGGUCUUUGCUCACCAGACCCAAGCAUUGCUUCUUGGUGUCCUUGCACAAUGCCGUCCGUCACCCGGAAUACUACUAUCAUGUGAAUUCUUUGUUUUCCACGUAUUCCUUCGUCUCCGUGUUUUUUUAAAAAUCAUUCCCUUUUUUUUAAAAAAAAUAAUUUUCCAUUUAUGAAGCAGUGUAAAUGAGAUGUAUUUUCAAAACAGGUCCCUAAGACAAUUCUUCAGAUCAUUUAUAAAGUGACUAAGUCAUUUUAACAGGUCAACCAAGGUAAAAAUUCUGUUGCACCCUGUAUUUUGCGCGUAGCAUCAGUAGUAGAUGAGAGAUUAAAGCUAGCUUUUAACUUUGCAAAGUUAACUUGUAUGUAUUCUGUUCUCAUUCAUUCUUCUCUCAAAAAUCAAAUGAAUUCAGAGGGAACUUGGUCUAACUGCUUUUGUUUCAACUGCAGGCAGGGGAGCAAAAGGACAACAUAUGAGCAGUAAGAAAAAUGUUGAAAUGUUAUUAACAAUUUUUAUACAGAAAAUGAGUCAUUUUGAAUAAUGACUUAAAAUUUUAUGAAAAAUACUAAGCACUUAAAUGUGCUUAUUCUGUUUUUAAGAGAAAAUAAAAUUACCUACUGUUUAAA